AUGGACUCACUAAAAGGCGGCUCCAAAGGCGCGACGGCAGUGGCAGCAGCGGCGGAGAGGAGAGGGUCGCUGAGACAACGCAAAGUGGCAGCAGAUGUGGUGGCUGUGAUGCUGGAUGAAGGCACAAGGAAACGAGCAGCAGCAGCGCGAUUAGAGGCCCUAGAGAGUGACUAUACGGGGGUGGAUGCUGCUGUGGAUGAGGAUGAUGAUGUGUUCAAUGCAGAGGAGGAGCUCGUGCAAGAAGGUUUUGCACCGGCGAAGCGAGUGAGCCGGCCGGGCAAGAGGCGUACGCGGCAGGCUGCAGCAGCUGUGGUGAGCCGAGCGAGCAAGCGCACUCCCAAGACCUUUGCAGAGCUGCUAGAAGAGGCGAAUCUAGAUGCCCUACCAGCAGGCACGCUCUCCUACCUCACAGCAGCAGUGGGGCCCCCCACAGCCACCUCAGUGCGCCGCUUCUGCUCCGCGUGUGGCGCCCACGCGCCCUACACAUGCCCGCGCUGUGCCGCCCGCUUCUGCUGCAUCAGCUGCCAAAGACUGCACAACGAAACCCGCUGCCUGAAAUUCGUCAUGUGA